AUGCCUUUAGAGUUCAGAUUCGCACCCAUCAUCCUCACCUUUGGGUAUCUUCUAGCAAACUUUGCAAAAGUGCUGAGUGGCGAGACAGCCUUUGGAGAACCACUUCCCCUUUCUCUCCCUGCCCUCAAUGUUGUCACCUCUGUUGACAGUGUUACAGAGCCCUUUUCGGAGAUUGUUUCAAAGAGCACUGAAGCUCCAGUAGGCUCUGGCAAACCAGAUUUUAUGAAGUAUUUCAAAGCCCAGGUUAUGCUUGGAAGCCAUCGAGCUGUCAGCAGGGUAAAAUCAGUAGUGGAUGGUAGCAUGGCUCUGCUGUUAUGCAUCAGCGAAAGCUUCCUCACUGUGAAAGGUGCAGCUCUCUUCCUGCCGAGAGGAAAUGGGUCGUCUACUCCCAGGAUCAGUCACAGGCGCAACAAGCAUGCAGGGGAUCUCCAGCAACACCUGCAGGCCAUGUUCAUACUGCUCCGCCCAGAAGACAACAUCAGACUGGCUGUAAGACUGGAAAGUACCUACCAGAACCGCACUAGAUACAUGGUGGUAGUGUCCACCAACGGCAGACAAGACACUGAAGAGAGCAUUGUCCUAGGAAUGGAUUUCUCUUCCAAUGACAGUAGCACUUGUACGAUGGGCUUGGUGCUGCCGCUGUGGAGCGACACCUUAAUCCACCUGGAUGGGGAUGGAGGGUUCAGCGUAUCGACAGAUAACAGGGUUCAUAUAUUCAAGCCAGUGUCUGUACAGGCAAUGUGGUCUGCUCUGCAGAGUUUACAUAAGGCUUGUGAGGUGGCACGGAGCAAUAAUUACUACCCAGGGAGCCUCUUCCUCACGUGGGUCAGUUACUAUGAGAGCCAUAUCAACUCUGACCAGUCAUCAGUCAAUGAGUGGAACGCCAUGCAAGAUGUCCAGUCCCACCGGCCCGACUCGCCCGCCCUCUUCACAGAUGUCCCGACUGAGCGGGAGCGCACGGAACGGCUAAUUAAGACCAAGUUAAGGGAGAUCAUGAUGCAGAAAGAUUUGGAGAACAUCACGUCAAAAGAGAUACGCACUGAGCUGGAGAUGCAGAUGGUGUGUAACCUGCGGGAGUUCAAAGAGUUCAUUGAUAAUGAAAUGAUAGUGAUCCUUGGACAGAUGGACAGCCCCACACAGAUAUUUGAUCAUGUCUUUUUGGGCUCAGAAUGGAACGCCUCCAAUUUGGAAGACUUGCAGAACAGAGGGGUGCGGUAUAUUUUGAAUGUGACUCGAGAAAUAGAUAACUUCUUCCCUGGCCUCUUUGAAUACCAUAAUAUUCGGGUAUAUGAUGAAGAAGCAACAGAUCUUCUGGCUUAUUGGAAUGACACCUACAAAUUCAUCUCCAAGGCAAAGAAAAAUGGUUCUAAGUGCCUGGUGCACUGCAAGAUGGGAGUGAGCCGCUCAGCGUCCACGGUGAUCGCCUACGCCAUGAAGGAGUACGGCUGGAACCUGGACAGGGCUUAUGACUAUGUGAAGGAACGGCGCACUGUCACCAAACCCAACCCCAGCUUUAUGCGGCAGCUGGAGGAAUACCAAGGGAUCCUGCUGGCCAGCAAACAGCGGCAUAAUAAACUGUGGCGCUCGCACUCAGACAGUGACCUCUCGGACCAUCAUGAGCCCAUCUGCAAGUCUGGGCUGGAGCUGAACAAGAAGGAGAUCACCACCUCGGCCGACCGGAUCUCAGAGGCCAAGACCAACGACAACCAGCAGCCCAUGUCUCCCAUCUACUCAGCUGAGCUAGACAGGGAGCAGCAGCUCCCAGAGGAUGCAAACAUGAUUGAGGACAUGUGUGUGAAGGAGAGAAGGAUCCACCUAGAGUUUACAUGUCGAGACCUCCAUGCUGAGCAGAUGGAGGACAAGCUGAACCUGAACAAUAUCAGUGGCUGUACGGCAGGAUGUUGUGUAGACUCUGUCCCCCCUGAUAACUGCCAUGCUUCUGAGGCCUUAAUGCAACUCCAGCACCCCUUGGAAAUAAGAGAGUUUCCUGAUUUGACAGUGGACGAUCUAGAAAAAGAUGCCCUUAAGCCUGAUAUGAACGUGCACUUGGUUCCCAUGGAAGAAUUCACUUCGUGCUUAAAAGACUUUCCUCAAUCCCCAAACCAAAAUUCCCUGAGUCUCCAACAGAAUCCCCAGGCUGAAGUGACAGACCUCAGUACAGACAGGAUUGAUUUCUUCAGCGCUUUGGAGAAAUUCGUGGAGCUUUCCCAGGAAAGCCGGUCGCGCACCUGCUCCCAUUCCAGGACGGAGGAGCAAGGGAGUGGAAGGAACGGGGUCUCCAGGGUGCCUGUGCUGGAAGUGUCUCCUGCUGCAGAUGGGGGUGCGGAUGCUCAAAGGAACAGCUCUGGAAACUCUCCUCAGGCAUCGGAUGACUCUUCCACAGAUGAAGAGCAACAAAAGGAGGUCCCUGAGCUGCCUAGUGCAGGCCAUCUCACGAGAUCCCACUCGGAAAAUGCCAUUUCUGUGAAGGAAAUUAUCACAGAGAUUGAGUCAAUCAACCAGGGAGCAGGACCUGCCCAGCAGAAGGAGGCUUCAGCCAACCUCACCCAGACACCAAAGAGGAACACGGUGCACGACCUGCCAGUGGAGGCAAUUUGGGUAUUGGAAAGGGUUGAGCAGAGUGAAGGAGCCUGUGCUGGACACCAGGAAAAGGAGAAGGACCCUCUGCAAGCUGAGCAAGAAGCUGCCCCCUCCCUGCAGCUGUCUUCUGGUAAAUCAGACCUGGAGGAAAGCAGCCCUGGGGAGGAGCAGCAAGAGCCUCGCAGCUCCAUCAACCCUGAGCCCAAGUGGUGCCCCGGCUCCGUCCGGCGAGCCACCCUGGAGUUCGAGGAGCGCUUGAGACAGGAGCAAGAGCACCAGCACGCAUCCCCGGUCUGCAUCUUACCGACUCGCAAGAACUCCAGGAACGACUCUCCUGCUGCUGAGCUCCUGCCACGGGGGAAGAGCGAGGAGCCGCCCCUGGAGCUGGCUCUGGAGGGUGACAAGGCACGGGGUCCAGGCACUGAGGAGCUGCUGCUGCCUCCCGGGGCAGAGCUGCCUGCAGGCAGACACCUGCCUGCACCCCUCGCCUCCUCUGCACAGGAGUCCCUGCCUGCAGAGCCCAGCCCGGGGCAGGAGGGAAUGGCACAAGAGUGCAGGACAGUGGUCUCAUUUGAUGGGACAGAGGAGCCAUCGUUGCCCUCCCUCCUCCCAAAGAGAAUUGAAAUCAUCGAAUACACUCCCACAGAAAAGUCUGCAGAGCGCCCCGAUGCAAGCUGUGAGCAGGGCGGGCUGGCCGCAGCCAUCCCGUCUUUAGAUGAAAACUUGAACCCUUCAUUGUGCUCGGAGAAGGCACCGACCUGUCUCAGACCUCUGACUCUGGUAAAUCUCUCGCUGCCGGAGCAUGCGGUACAGAAGCAGGCCACCUUCACUGUGGGCAGCCCCAGUGAGGAAGGUGGUAGGUUAUCUGUUCACCUCAGUGCUGCUUCCCCCUCUGCCCAGGUGACCUCUACGCCUUCAGCCAGCCUAGAUCGCUCUUCUUACCCCUGCGUAAUUCACCUGGAAGGCGUCACUGAGCAGAGCACGGGUACAGAUGAUGAGCCAGUCACGCCAUGUGGCAUUGAGGGAGACACGACUCUCCCGUUCAGGGACAGCCCCAAGCCUCUCUGCAGGGGGGGUGCUGGCAUCUCGAGGCAGCUGAGCGGCAAGGACUUCACCAGCCAACGUGCUGAAAACAUGGACCUUCUGGACAUCUCUUUCCUGUGCUAUGGCCUCCCCCACAGCUCCAGCAGCCACAGCGUGGAGGGGCGCAGCAACAGCCCCGGGCUGGUCAAGCAGCGAGCAAAGGAAAUAGAGGCUCGGAUCCGGCAUGCGGGGCUCACCACACCCUCCCACAUGAAACGCUCAGCGUCCUUAGCCAAACUGGACUGCCUGGACCUCUCCAAGGAUGACUUGUCCGAGAGGGAGUUGGCCUCUUCCGAUGCCAACCCGGUGCUUCUCACCUGCGUUGCCCUCGGUCGAGGUUUUCGCGGGGGGAGGUUGGAGAGGGGCUCGGAAAGCAUGUGCGGAAAGCAUCUCCUUUCUUCCCCAGAGCCCACUAAGCAUUUUGUGGAACAGCUCAGAACAGCCGAGUGCAUUGCCCAGAGCAAGCCAGUGGAGAGGCCGCUAGCUCAGUACGCCAAAGAGUGCGGCUCCAGCCAGCAGAGUUUGUUUUCCAGCACGGAUCCAACGUGGACUACCUCCGAGGAGGAUCCUCCGCUGCUCCAGGUGCAGGUCCUGGACUCCUUGUCUCCGGCUCGAGGUCUGGCUGUUGCACCCCGGCAGCAGCACGGGAGAACUCAUCCUCUGAGGAGGCUCAAAAAGACCAGUGAUAAAAAGCGGACAACCAAUCCCCUCUACAAUACUAUGUGAUCCUGAGCCCUCGGCUGUGAUUUCUUACUGACAACCCGUGGUGUUGCGUUCACGCAAGGGGCAGGUGUAAUAUAAGGAACAUGCACUUUAUUGGUUAAUUUUAUAUAUAUUGUCAUUUUACUGUUCCUGGCGCAUGUAGGUGUGGGUUGGUUCUUCUGUGUGUGACUCUGACUGCAGGACUGUUUGGGUUUUUUUAAGUUUUUUAACUCUGAUAACCUCAAAUGUUCUUUUUUUGUUAGUUUGUUUUAAAAGAACACCUUUAUCAUGCGAAAAUUUAUGUUGGCUUGCUUCGGCAAGGUGGAGUUUUGCUUAGAACCAGGUCCUAGUUCCUAACUUGAAUUUUCCCCAUGCCUCAACAUGGUGCUGGGUGGUUGUUGGGGUGAGAGCCCCCGUAAAUGUGAAGGCUGUGCCAAGGUCCCUUUGUUUGGCCUUUCUUUUAUUUCUGCAAACUGGAACUCCACGAUACUGGCAGAUCACUCACAAAGCUGCUUCAGGACAAACCCCCUGGGCUCGGUUCGGCUGGUGCAUCCCCAAAAGGAGCACGCAGGGGUAAAUCCUCCCAACGGGUGGGCUCUGAAAACCCCGGGCAGCCUGGCACUGAGAUCAGCGCUCACCUCCUGGUGUGGGUCGUGCAGAGCCCUCCAUUUUGUGGUGAGGUGGAGCAGAGCUCCUCCACGAGUUGCCAAGCUCACCUCUCCUCGGCUGCCCCAGACCAGCGGGCGAGAGGAGGAGAGCCCCCCAAGCCAGAGUGUUCUUUUAAAACAAACGCCUCGUUAGGGUUUUAACCCUCCCAUUACUUGAAUACUGCUGUGGGCCUUCCAAGUUCAUGGCCAUAUCAUCUGUCCUCUGCCCUCCUGCUGCCUCCCCUCCGCCCAAAAGCUGUUCUUGUCUCGUGCUGCCUGAGUUUUCCUCUCCCCUCUGCCAUGCUCACAGGCAUUUCUGGUCGCUCCUAAACCUAGAGGCUGUUAUAAUUGUUUCACGACAUACUGCCCCUACUGAAUGCAAAGCUUUGUCCUCUCUGCUGUCACUCCUAACACUCAACCCGGAGGGAAGAUCUUUUCUGGAAGUUUUUUCUUUUUUUUUUUUUUUGCCUAAAUUGUAUA